AAUUAAAUGAAAGAGCCCUUUAUUUGACCACAUCCAAUAAUAUUGGCACGUCCUGAAGCCAGAGUCAGCAUAUUUGAGUUUCGCUCAGUUUUUAUUGAAAACCCUAGACCUCCCAACGAAGUAGCAGAGCCGCAGUUUCUCUGUUAAAUAUCCGAAACAAGAAAUGGCUGUCACAUUCAACGAUCUGGGUUCUGCUGCUGGCUUGAAGAAGCUGGAUGAGUAUCUCCUUACACGCAGUUACAUCUCUGGAUACCAAGCUUCAAAGGAUGAUAUUACCGUCUACGCAGCUCUAUCUGGUGCCCCAUCAUCUAGCUACGUCAAUGUUUCUCGAUGGUACAAACACAUUGAUGCCCUUUUGAGAAUCUCAGGUGUUUCUGAAGAAGGCUGUGGUGUGACUGUAGAGGGAUUUGCUCCCGCCGAGGCUGUUGCCACUCCUCCAGCUGCAGAUUGCAAGGCUGCAGCUGCUGAGGAAGACGACGACGAUGAUGUAGAUCUGUUCGGUGAAGAGACUGAGGAGGAAAAGAAGGCAGCUGAAGAACGUGCAGCUGCUGUUAAGGCCUCUGGCAAGAAGAAAGAAUCUGGCAAGUCCUCUGUCUUGUUGGAUAUUAAACCAUGGGACGAUGAGACUGACAUGAAGAAACUCGAAGAAGCAGUAAGAAGUGUUCAGAUGGAAGGACUGCUUUGGGGAGCAUCUAAGCUUGUGCCCGUUGGUUAUGGAAUUAAGAAAUUGCAAAUUAUGAUGACCAUUGUGGAUGAUUUGGUGUCAGUUGACACUCUCAUCGAGGAACAUCUGACGGCUGAACCGAUCAAUGAGUAUGUUCAGAGUUGUGACAUUGUUGCAUUCAACAAAAUAUAAUUUGCUAUCUGGGAUGCCUGCAAUAGGAGUUUCUUGGAGAGGCCUUCAAAGUUAUGUUUGAGAUUUUCAUGUUUUUUGUUUUGCUAGAACUUAAUUUAAGUUGUCGUUAUUCUUGUGUUGGACAAUGGAUCGUUUAUCAUGGAUUUGGAGCAUUAAACACCUGAUGGUUUUUUUAAAAAAAAA